ACCCGAUGGCGUCACUUCCGCUAAACUGGACAACUUUCAGAAAAGAUGGAGAACAAAGUUGAGCGUGCGGCUAACGGGAAAAACGUCUCUCUUCCUAUUUCACGUGUUAAAUUAAUAAUGAAGAGCUCUCCUGAUGUUUCUUGUAUUAACCAGGACGCCCUUUUUUUAACCACGAAAGCGACGGAGCUUUUUGUUCAGCACUUGGCUUUGACCUCAUAUAAUAAUGGCUCAGGAAAACAGGAUGGCACCCUGUCCUACAGCGAUCUAGCUAACGCUGUGGAGGAGACAGAGCCGUUCCAGUUUCUCACAGAUAUUCUUCCAAGGAAAAUCUUGGCCAGGGAUUAUCUGAAGUCCAUGGAAAAAAUGGAAGAAGAAGAAGAAGCCAACUGAUUUUUGGGGGACGCCCCAAAAACAACAAAAAACAUGAACUUUUACUUCGUUUUCAUUCUUAAAAAUUGUUUGAUGAUAACAUGAUGGGAACAGUAAAAAAAACAAAAAAAAAAACAACUUUCCACUCAACCGAUAGACAUGAACUCUUGGACAUCCCAACCGCAUAAAUAUGUUCAGUUCCUCACACCUUGUGGUUCAAGGGGUGACACAGGGUUUUUUUUUGUAUUGAGAUAUGUAGUGUAGCUCUCACAGCAAACUGCAAAGUGACCACUUUAUGUUGUAUAACUGCUGAAUAGCUCCUACAGCUAUUACAUUUUUGGUCCUAACUGACUCCAACAUUACAGCUGCUUUAAAAGCAGUUACUCAGGGUGUACACACAUUAAAUGGGCAUUAAAAUGUUAGUAUUUCUUAUUCUACAUCUGAAGAUAACUUUCUCAAACUCACAUGUGUGGAUUGUGAAAUUGAAAUAUAUAUUUAUACCUGAUCUUUUUUGGAUCUAACAAUUUUGCAAUGAUACAAUUGUUUAAAAUCAAAGUUAAUCAAAAAAGAUCCUGUAGGUUUUAUUACAGUGUCCUUUAUUGUAGAUCAGAAUUGACUAUACCAUAGUUUGUGUUGUUUGUUUGAGAUUCUUGUACUUUUCUGCUGUUUCACCUGAUGACAUGCACUGAGCCGAUUUUUCAAAGCCGUGUGUCUUUAUACUUGUACUUGAAAUUUGUUUAACAAAUUGUUUAAGUUUUGUAAAGUGUACUGUAUGAUUUUGCUGUAUUUUGUCCAUUAAAUAAACCUUUUGCUUUCUUA